GGGAACAAAGCUAAAAGCAGAUCAAGUAGUAGCCAUCCGAGUUCCCCGGUCUCCAAGCCCUACCCGCAGGCCCAACACGAUAGUGUGAGACGGCAAAGGUGGUGGCGCGGCGGGCGCCAGGAGAAAGCAGAACAAGGAAGAAGGGGAAUUGGGUCCGGUGGUGGGGCUAUCAAUUAUAGCGGUGACGUUGGUGAUGAUGGUGGUGUGGGCCGUGGGUAGGGGUUACGGUGGAUACUUUGUCUUAGUAGCCACGGUGGUUACUAGGGAUAACUUGGGUAUUUUGCAUCCUUCCUAA